UCCAAAAACACGGACGAUCGCUCCUGUCGAGCAUAAUACAGCCGAAGGCAGUUGUUGCGGUGCAAAAAGGCGCCCUUUCUUUGGUGGUUCCGACAUUAUAUUUUAGCUGAAAUAAUCAAUCGUUUUAUUAUUUUUUAUGUGAAACUGCUGUAUUGAAUUUGAAUGCUGCUUUGUGCUUUGGAAUCUCAGUGUUUAUGUUUUCAGCUUUGACUUUCAAUCAAAGUGAGUUGAGAGGAGGUGUCGGAAUCAAGGAUUAUGCUGUGUAUGAGGUUCUUGGGAAAGGAGGAUUUGGCUGCGUCUAUAAAGCGAGAUGUCUGUUGACUGGCUGUUUUGUUGCGAUCAAAAUGAUCAACAAACAGAGGAUGCACGCUUCGGGAAUGGCUAACCGUGUGCGGCAGGAGGUGGCCAUACAUUCCAAACUAAAGCAUCCAUCUAUUUUGGAGCUGUACACAUUCUUCGAAGACUUUGAGCAUGUUUAUUUGGUGCUGGAAUUGGCGGAAAACGGCGAAUUGCAACAGUUUCUUCGCGAACGAAAUAUGCCCUUUAGUGAAUACGAAGCAGCAUUGAUCUUGCGGCGCGUAGUUGACGGACUGCUAUACCUGCAUACGCAUCAAAUACUGCAUCGUGAUAUAUCGCUUUCCAAUUUGUUGAUCACAAAAGAUAUGAACAUUAAAAUUGCUGACUUUGGGCUUGCAACGGAACUGAUGCAGCCAGAUGAGAAACAUCAUACACUGUGCGGCACACCGAACUACAUAUCACCAGAAGUGGCAUCUCGCGCAUCGCACGGCUUACCGGCCGACGUAUGGGGCUUAGGAUGUAUGCUGUACACACUCCUGGUUGGAAAGCCCCCGUUCGACACCGACGGUGUCAAGUCCACGUUGGCAAGGGUGGUACUGUCCAACUACAGCUUACCGACGCACCUCUCUUCAGACGUGAGCGAUCUUAUUGAACGACUGCUCAAGAAAAAUCCAACCGAACGAAUCAAGCUAGAGGAAGUGCUCAGUCAUCCCUUUCUGUCCCGAUACGAUUUGGGUAGAGCGAAAGCGUACGUUUUCAACAGUGUAAAUCAAAAGUUCCCGUCCGCCGCAGACAGUGGCAUGGGCACAAUUUCAAGCAACAGUGGAAGUAAAUCGGAUUUGUUUCAAGUGCAUUUUUCUGGCGCCGCCGUAAGCAAUAGCAGUUGCAACAAUCGACCGAAUGAGAAUCUGUACCACGAACAAUUCGCAUCAUCAAACUAUCGAUAUCGAGAAAAGCAGCACGGAGCCGGGAGCAUUGAAUCGUCGUACCAAUUUGUUCCCGAACCUCACAUUUCACUGCUGCAAAAGUUUAACAGCAUGGAGCUAGUGGAAAAAUACAACAUCAACCCAAAACACAUUGCCGGACGGGACGGAUGUGUACCUUUGCUAAGCUCGUCCAAAUCCGCAACGGACGCGACGGAGAACAGAACGGGUGCGCAAAUAACAAACACACCAAAUUCCUUCGAACAUCACGCAUUCACUACUCCGAGAUCAUCAAAAGCUCCUGAAACACACUACUACAUGUUGCAAAAAGCAACAGCAGCGACAAGCAUAGUACAGACGCAGGAUAGUUUGAGCAGGCACCAGAAUAAUAAUACGCCCGUGGCGCUCAAAGAUCCUUCGGGAGCAAACGUUCGAUUGCCAGCUCGUUUCGAUACGUUGCGUCUGCUACCUACACGGAAUCGGACAAAGUACGUAAUUUUAUCGAUUGUCGCCGAGAGUGGCGAGGUCGUCCUAGAGUUUCUCAAACCCAGAGGUCGGAAUCAAGAGGAUCGCGUGGUAGAUGUGUGUCGCAUAUCGGGCGACGGGCUAAGAUUUAUGUUGUACCAGCCGGAUGGUAGUCGUGGGGUGGCCAUUAAAAAUGAGCCGCCAGAUUUGCCCUCCAGGGGUGUGGAUCAAAUUUACAACUAUGAAGAGAUUCCCGAAAAGCAUUGGAAAAAGUACAUGUAUGCUGCACGCUUCGUAAAUAUGGUCAAGGCCAAAACGCCAAAAAUUACUCUGUACAGCGAAAAGGCCAAGUGUCAACUGAUGGAGACUAUGCGAGAUUAUGAAGUGAUGUUCUACGAUGAUACCAAAAUUGUUCAAAGUUCGGCAAACGAUGAGAUCAAAAUGGUCGACGCCAACGGUAAGGCGUAUCGUGGGUUGGCAUCCAUAUCGGCGAUGGACGCUGCAAAGCUCGACCAUUUCCAAGAAACGCACGACCAUUGUCUGAGGAUCGAGAAGCUGCUCUCAACCGUGUCGCACGGCGGGAAAACUUUCCCGGUGAUUAUUGGAAGACGUCCAGCCGGCUCCGAUAGCAGUACGCCGGGGAAAAAAGACAUGUCCAAUCAUCGGUUUUAUUCACUCAAUGUACGAACUACGUGACACAGAGCUGUUCAUUAUUAUUAAUUGUACUUUUAUCCAUGCAUUCACGCAAACAAAACAAUGUAUGUGAAUUUAAAGCUAAGUUUCUCUCUACAACUGAAAGCAGGAAAGAAGUUUGUGGCGCACCUUGGUUAUUUAAGAAAAAUGCACAAAAAACUAAAUUAA